AUGGAUUCCACUAUCGCCCCAGCCUUGGAUAACAGCAGGAAUUCGCGGUCUACGUUGGCUUGUCUGCCAUGCCGCUCACGUCACGUCAAAUGCGACGGAAAACAACCGAGUUGUAGCCGCUGCGAUGCGGGCGCCAAGCAGUGCCUCUACGCUCGGUCGCGUCGCGGGGGCCUCGACCGCGCAACUCUGGCAGAGCGGCGCAAACAACGGGCGGCCGCCUCGCAAGCGGGAUCGCAGCAACCGGAAAAAUCUCGAUCCCAGCUCGUCGAGAUAGACUCCCACAGCAGUUGGAGCCCACGCGAUGCAGGAACUGCAAGCGACGGGUCUAGUAUGGCAUCGCCCGCUGCGAUCCAAAUUCACGCUGACAACAUUGCGAAUGAUCCGUUAAUCGACUCAUACUACAGGAAUUUCCACAACUUCCACCCUUUCCUACUUCCCCAAAGUCACCUGAUGAAAAUCUACCAAGAUCCAAGCAGACAGUCUAGCUUACGACCCCUCAUCGCGACCGUACGCUUGGUCGGAUAUAUAGUCAAAGCGCGAGGAUGGUCACUUCCGCUCAAGGAAUACGCCGAGGCCUGGUUCUUGCAAGCACCACCGACAGACCCGGUUCUCGUUCAGUGUCGACUUCUUUACUCCAUCGUCCUAUUUUGGUACGACUACAAAGCUGAUGCCAAAUCGCAAAUAGACGCUGCCAUCCACCUUGCCAUUGAGUUACAAAUGUUUCGUCAAGAGUUCGCGGCGGAGCAUGGAGCCAGUGACCCGGUCGUGAAGGAAUGCUGGAGGCGAACAUGGUGGAUGUUAUAUACUGUGGAUGCAUACUUUGCGGGCACUCUGGGAACCAUGACUUCUGAGCUUCUCGACAUUGAUGCAACCGUCGAGUUGCCAUGUGAGGAAUCAGAGUAUGAGUCGGGGGAUAUCCCCAAAUCUAAAACACUUCAAGAGUUCGACUGCCGGGAAUUCGCCUCUGAUGAAACCGCAUUCUCAUCCUUCGCCUACCUCAUCGGCGCUGUACGAUGCGCAGUACUCGCCCUAUCGACAUCUCCGAAAAUGGCAGUCAAGGAAGACUCGAUGCAAGUCAUCCAGGCCGCCGACUCCAUUCUCGACGGAUGGCUGCUUCUACUGCCCAAGGAUCGCAAACAAGUCAUGGCAAAGACUGGAGAAGUUGAUGAGCUGAUGUUCCAAGCGCAUCUGCUCAUCCAUGUAGCAACUGUCGGCCUGCACCGGCCUUUUUCAGACCUGAAGUUCAACCCUAUCGAGGAUAUUUCCAGCUGCGCCCGCGACCCAGCGCCAGAUAUUCCCACCCCCGAGCUCGUCAACGUACACACCGUACGAGUCUUGCGGUCCGUUGAGGCCCAAAUCCGCCUCCUAGCCCUUCCAGUUUCAGAAUUCCACCAUACUCCAUUCACCACCUGCAUGAUCAGCGAGGGCACUCUAGCGCUGCUGUCAUCCUGCUGUUUCCUGCUCAAGGGGGUUGAGCUGACAGUCGCGAGAGCCCAGAUUCGCAUGACGAUCGGCUGUCUCAGGGCGUUGGGCGAACUGUGGCCACGCACAGCCAGGAAUGUGCGGGAGAUCCAGACGAUCGCACACCAUGUGCUAGGCCUUGAGUCAGCGAGAAAUCAUAGUACGCCCCCAUCUAGCCAAGUAGGAUCUGGCGGUGGUCAGGGAACCUCUGGGCUGGAUGCUGGAGCAUGGGGCGAUAGCAUUGACAUCGUGCCGUCUUUAAAUUCUCUUGAAGAUCUCUGUGGCUGGUACAACCUGGACAAUUUCGAUACGGAUUAUCAUUGGGAAAUGAAUAAUAUGUCAUAA